GAUAGCGACACACAAGUAGACAGACGGACCAUGGCUCGUUUUGUGUUUCUGCUUGUUUUGCUUGUCGCCGCCGCCUUGGCCAGCGAAUCUGCUACCAAGGCCCAAGAAUCAGAGCAAUUGAAAAUUUUCAACGAAAUGAAUCAAAAGCUGAAACAACUGACGAAACUCGUCCAUGACCAGGUUGAAGUUGCCAACCAACGCCACAAUCAGACUUUAGAAUCACUGGCUGAAAACCAUAAGCACCUGGAGGACAUCGAAACAACUUUAAGAUGCGUAAAAGCUAGAGCAGGAGCAGGCUUGACGCUUUUGGCAAAUGGGAAAUCGUACUCCUUCCAGCUAGCCAGCAAAAACUGGAGUUCUGCAAACGAGACUUGCGUUAAGCAGGGACUGCAGUUGGCCACGAUCAGGGAUGAAUAUGACCUUAUGCGGGUGGUUCGACAGGGCAGAGAGGUUGACCGGGACAUAAAUAGUUGGUGGGUUUCCGCAAAAAACUCUGCAAAUGGAGAUGUAAAGGACUUCCGGUGGCACGACGGAACCCAGUUGGAAUCAAACAGCACAUUGUGGAAGAAAGAUGAUCAGGCAAACGAGGACUGCGUUCGUAUUUAUUAUUAUUUAAAUCCUUAUAAUCGCAAUAGUUUUACCAACGCACAACUGUACAGACAUUCAUGCACUGAAUCGACGUACUAUGUUUGCGAACUUCCAAGCGAAUGUUAAUUAGUUAAAUUAGUUUCAACAAUAAUUUAACUAUUCGUUUUUGCAAUGCAUCUGGAAAUUUCAUAGUUUUUGUUAGUUUGACGUUGUUGGUUGUUGCGUUUCUUCAAUAAAUACAUUUUUAAUCCAG